AUGGCUGGCCUGGACGGCUCUGAGUCCGAGCCGCCGCCUGCAACCAGCGGGGGAUGGGAUCUCCUUCUCAGACACUUUGGUCCAACGACGGAUGAGACCAUGCUACUGGCAUCAAAGCCUGAUCAAAUCCUCAACGCUGAGAUGGAAGGGGAACAUCUAAAGAAUGUAGAAUCUGGUGCUCAGCAGGACUCGAGGGGAAAUGUCACCGGACUGCCCCGAUCUCAGACCCUUAAAAGGCGGCUCUCCGAACAGAGGGUCAACUUAGAACCUCUGUUUCCAGAUGAACGGAGAGCUGCUUCAGAGAACAGACGACGGCUUCAAUCAAAUAAAGAGCAAGCUACCAUGCCGGACUUUUACCCCCGUUCGACUCUUCCUGGACCUCUUAGCUCCUCUAGCUCACUCGAUGGUUAUGAUUCGGAGAAUACCUCUUACAUGCCAAGCGACCUCGGCCACUACGAACUAUCUAACCAUACCGUGGAUCACGCACGCUUCGAUUCAGAAAGUCGCUACGACGACGCAGCGCCAUCAGACGUCCAUUCCACUGAAGAUGCGGGGUCCAUAGCUGACUCGCAAGAAGAAGCCACGAUCGCAGAAGAACUGACACAGAAAUGGAUUCUCAACUUGAGUCGGCUGCAUAUCCAUGUCGUCGAGGACGGGAAUGAGAUUAUUCAUUUUCCUACUUCUGACCAAGUCAGGCACCUUGAAUGCAAAUUUGUUCGGGAAAGGGACGUUGACUUCGACUCGCAUCUCUCAGGCUUUGUUUACAAAGUUCGCGUCAAUGGACAAACCCUGAUCAAGAAGGAAAUUCCGAGUCCCGACACUGUUGACGAAUUCUUGUACGAAGUCAACGUACUAGGUACUCUGCGAGACUCUCCGGACAUCGUCCGACUCUGUGGUCUUGUUAUUGAUGACGACGACCAAAUCAAGGGCCUCCUCCUCACUUAUGCCGAACAAGGUUCCUUAAUGGAUGUGAUAUAUGAUAAAUCCAAAGAACAGGGCAUACCAUGGCUGACGAGACAGAAAUGGGCAAGACAAAUCAUUCGAGGUCUACGGGAUAUUCACGAGUCGGGAUUUGUACAAGGGGACUUGACACUGAACAACAUUGUAGUCAAUGCUGCUGAUGAUGCCAAGAUUAUAGACAUCAACAGAAGAGGAUGCCCAGCAGGAUGGGAGCCACCAGAACUGAAAAUGCUCCUUGAAUCCGAUCACCAUCUUUCCCUGUUCAUUGGUGUCAAGUCUGACCUGUUCCAGUUGGGGAUGGUGCUUUGGGCAUUGGCCAUGCUCGAUGACGAUCCGGAGAGUCGUGGCAGGCCACUGAUGCUAGGGCCGGAGAUUGAUGUUCCAGACUGGUAUCGUCAAAUGACCGAGAUGUGUCUCGAUGCCGACCCCAAAAAAAGGCUGGCGCCGUCAGCACUCCUGAGGUUGUUCCCACCCGAUAUAGAGCGACGCGACAGACCGGCAGUUGCUACCGACGAGACAAGUUCUUUGGAUGAAUACAGCAUUCAUUACUCGUCUCAAACGGAGCCGCACAUCGAAACAGUGCCACCGUCACAUAGUUGGCAACGUUCUGGCAAUACUUAUGCCGAUUCGAGCCUAGAUAUGUACGAACCGCGCUAUCCUAUGCGCGGUCCUUCCCCCCCUGGAUCACCGCGCCGCUCCUCAUAUGGGUACGAUUCGAUAGGGAGAGUCUGCAGCAAUACCUCUUGGGCAGCCAACAAAGAUGUCCCGGCUUCCUAUAGCGACAUAGACAAGGGUGCUCCCCUGACGGAGCAAGUUGUCAAUACGAAGCUGCGACCCGAAACGCCCCUCUCACUUGGCCAGUACGACAUCGACAAAGCUGCUUUUCUCCCUGGAGACGCACUGGAUACUAUCGGCCUGAAACGGGCCACAGUGCCGACUCUGGAUAGAAACCCCUCUCUGGGCGAUGGAUUGCAGACGAUAUCAACCCCAAAACUGACCAGACAAGAGACUGUUGUCCGCGACCCCACUAGACAGGACACAGCGAAAACUGGGCAAUUCGAAGGCACAUCCAAGAUGGAGGACAAAGACUUGGCCGUGCCGUUACAUGAGCGCAUAGAUGAACCGACAGAUGAUAUGAAAAAUACAACUGAGAUGGUCAAUAUCCAUGGCGUUGUAGACACGCAUGAGAUUAGACCCAUGGGAAGCGACAUGGACGACGGCGUCCUACUCGAAGGUCCUGGAUGCGCUCCCACUACCCAUGGUCUGUUCUUACAACGCGAGCUCCAUUCUGAGGACCAAGGGGAUAUUCAGCAAAAUGAAAGGCCUGCUGAUGUCGUUGCAAUGCAAAUCAGCGCAGACAUGGUGGAGUUGACGAUGAAUACAGAGAGGGAGAGAUCUGCCGACAGCGUCACGUCAAGCAAACUACAGCCGCAUUCUGUAUACAAACCACUCGAGGAACCUCUAUCACGAGGUUUUUUAAAACGCUCGUCGAUACUCGAUGCUAUGCCUGAAUCACAUAUACGGCAACGCCCCGCAUCACUUCCCGCUGUAUUGACAGGCAUCAGCGCGGGUGUACCCGCCGGUUGCGACACGAUCGAAGUGAGAAAUAUGAUUAACCAUGGCAAUGAUUCCGACGCGGCGGCACGACCUGCUACGGUGUAA